UCCGGCAGAGGGGCGCGCUGCUGCGCUCUCCGUUUUAUACAUUUAUGUCUUUAUGACGCACGUAGGACAGCGACAGCUGCGUCCUGCCGCCGAAGCCUACUGCCGCCGUCGCGGCCGAUGACGACGACCGAGGAGCACCUGCGCUGCUAGGGCGGCUCGAACCGACGCUUCACCGUAUCUGUCGCGCUUCGAGCGACGAUCCAAGCAGCGCCCAGCGGAGACAACCGGCCGACGCGGGAUUCGCUUUCGGCGGGGAAUUCCCUGCGCGCGCUGCAGCCCGGAGGUCCGACGACCAACCGAACCCUCCUCCCCAUCCUCUCUCUCUCUCUUUCAUUGAAACCUCGCGUUACCGUCCGGUCGCUGGAAACCACGUCUGGAAUUGCUGACUGACGUGCACAGCGGUUACGACAACCGCGUCGGCUACUACUGCUGUUGCCACAACGCCAUCGUCGCCACCAACAGCGCAUCCUCCCGCAGCCAUGAGUGCCAGCGACAAGCAGCAGCUGCUGCGGGCCCGCGUCCGCUACCCGUCCUACCUGAACGUGCUGCUGUUCUCGGGCACCAUGGCCGCCUGCCUGGGCGUGGUCCUCUGCUCGUACCACCUGGUGUACGCGGCCGACCCCACCGUCUGGAUCACGGGGCUCGCCUCGUUCGGCGUGGGCGUGGCGCUGGCGCUGCUGGCACUCGCGCUGCUCGCCGCGUCGCUGCUGUGCAAGCGGCCGACGCUCGAGGCCUCGUGGAUGCCGCACAGCGUGUCGCCGUACGAGGAGGACUUCGGCACCGACUACUACUUCGGCGACGCCGACGACGCCGGCCGCGUGUACCGGCCCACGACGUACGCGGCGCCCAAGAUCCUCGUCUCCAACCCGCUGGCAGCGCCCGUGGCCGCGAGCAUGUACCGACUCGUGUACGGCGGGGACGCCAAGUGAAGGACGACGUGACUUUGGGCUUAGCUGGCCGUUCACGAACGUCUAGAUGCGGCGCGUAAAACGAGGAACGUACAAGGAAGACAUUGCAAGUGAUUGCACCUAAGAAGGCUUAAUUCUUUAGUAAUGACAACUUGAUUUGUUUGAGUUAGAUCAUUCUGAAAGUGUAUUGAAGCUGUGAGAAGGAACAAGCACCGAAGGCAUAAACAACGGGGCUAUAGCGCUAGUCCCGUUGUGCGUGGCUUCUGUCCUCGUCUGAUCGCCCUGCUUCGAUGUGCAUUCAACGAAUUUGAUUAUAUCGGAGUUAUCGAAGAGGAUUUUAUCGGCAGGCUUGGUGAGCAGUGUGUAGGCGGCCCUUCUGUCGUUCUUCUUGACGGAGAAAAAGCAUUCAUGCGCAUUGUGUGAGCCAUGCUGUUCUCUAUAGAUGUGCUCCCUCCGACGAGUAAGAAGCAGAUAGAAAUCAGCGCUGUCUAUAUUUAACUUCUUGCUACGCCCUCGUUUUAUGGGCGGUUAUUACGUGAUCGUGAAAAACGCCGCUGCCUCCAGAUUUUUAACCGAGGGAGUGCUGGUGAUUCGCUGAUAAUGGGAGUAACUGCUUCGUCUUAAGCAGUUUCGAUUUUUACGUCAUCUUUAUAGCAGUCCAUCGUGAAAGAGUAUUCAUAACCCGAUGGCGCAUGCCCAAGUGUUGUAAGCGUAGGCUCCCACAGGGGGAAUUGAGUACUCCCGAAAGGGAGUCAAAUGUGGGACAAGCAGUUACUUCCACGUAAAGGUGUUGCCAGUACUCCAUUGUCUAUUUUCAGUGAGGCAGCUGCGGCCGUCGAUGAUAGACUGUGAAUAGGGUCUGGGCAACUGAUUUUUGUCUCUCUCCUCGAGAGUCCUAGGAAAGGCGUUUGUCGUUAUUCCCUUCGUCCCAACGGUUCUACCAAAGCGCCUUUGAUGUCGCGAUGCGGUGGUCGCAACAUGCAAAUGUGUGGCGCGGUUUUCUGACGUGUCUCUUGUUUGCGUUUUAGAAAUAUGUCUCAAUUAUACAUCACUUUCUUUCUUUGUACUGCGAUACAUAACAACAAUAUAGAAAGGUGCACCGAAAGAGGUACACUCAUGACAUAUUCCUGAGGACAGCGCAGGGUCACUCAGUAGAGUGAGAAUCGUGUUCUUUCUCUUGAAAUGAUGCGCUUCUUCCUUUCACAGUCAAGGUAUUUUAGAUAAGGGUGGCGAAAAAUUUGCCGACAUUUUCAAUACCAUUGAAGUUAAUCAAUCCCUCAAGUUAUCGAGAGCCCCAGUGCCGGUCACGGUGGCACCACGCAGACCGGGCGCGAGUACUUCUUGAGGGUGCUUUACAAGCACCUCUCACGCGUCCUGCUCUCCACUAUAUAAAGCGUCAUUGCAUGUUUCACACCUUCGUAGGCAUGUAUUUUUGUUACACUCCACACUCCUACUAUAGCAUUACACCCUCUGUGGUAUAAACAUUGCUACUCACAGCGUAAUGGUUUAUAUAGUCAUCAUCCUCUCGAGCAUUUUAUUUGCUUUAGUCAUCAGGCAAACGUUCGUUGUAAAUUGUGCAACGUUGCUUUCGGCCAGUUAUAAAGCGCUGUAAAUUCCAAGCGAUUACGUAGAUCAAUGUCAUAUUCUAUCAUCGUGAAGGAUCGCCUGCAAAGGCGAUGUAUAAGCAGUCCGUCAAUUGACGGGAACGCACGAGUCUAACGACGUCAGCGUCAAUAUCAACGAGUAUCAACAAGCUCCAAAAGUACUGAAAUUCUUGCGACUGUGCACACUAUUCGUAGAAUACGUUAGACCUAUUUUGAUCAACCAAAACAAUAAUCAUCAUCACUUAAGUGCCCAGCUCUAUUUAUCUCGCUUUCUUGGACUUAACGUCGUUCUUGUAAUCUUCAGCGCAGGAAUAACACCGUGCACACAACAAUAAAUAAAAGGAAAGCAUUACACUUUGAAGUAUUGCUGCAUGAAAGUACUAAAGCUGGUAUGAAAGCAGCACUGCAUGGUUAAGUAUUGCAGUUAUACGUAGGUUACGUAUUGCAGGAUCUGAACAGUUCAUGAUUCUAGCCAUUGAACAACAUUACAACAUUAUCUUCCCGUGCAUAAGAGCAGGUUUGGUAAUCGGAAUAGUAUGCUGCGAGAUAUUCAGCAUUUUGUCACUUCCCGCAGUCCGUGAACUUCCACCGUCGACUGUUGCGUUAGCAGUGCUGACAAUGGGCUCAAAAGAAACAAAAAACACAGACUUGUCUUGCGCUGUUUUUUUUUUCUCAGUCCUACGUUUCUUUCUUUACGUUACAAGUAUAAUGUGGUUAAGAAGUUGUCGGCAACCGUUUAGAUUCCAAUGGUCAUUUGGUGGGCUCAGCGUUGAAACGAACUAAGAGAAGAUUCUGCGGGUGCUUUUUUUUUUUUUUUAAACCUAGUCACGCUGUGUAUACAGCAUAUAGCGAGACAUGGACAUAUCACUUGAUUAACGUUGCAUGACUUCGCAAGUGCCUUAUUAAGCUGAUUUUGACAGACGAUGCUACGCUCUAUGCCCGUUUAGUUCGUGCAACAUUCGGUCAAGGGUUUAGGAAGUUAUUUAUUUGCCAUAUUUCUUGGGUAUCGUUCAGUUGCAGAAUCCUACCUUCCAGGAAGAAAAAACUGCCACAUAAAAAGCACUACGCGCCACUUUCGAUCGAACUUGUGAGCAGCGCAGCUUCAGUGAGCAGCUGCGGUGGUGUCGAUAUGCUUAGUGUGCAUUUGCUUCCGCUCAGUGUCUUGCCAAAUAAAAAAGAAAUUUUCAUCUUUUUCAAAAA